AUGAGUCUUAAAGAUCAACUUGCCCCUGUUGUUGAGGAUGAUCCUGUGCUAGCUAAAGACUUACAUGCACAUGCUGCAGAAACUGUUCAUGAUGCUGAGGGAUUUCCAAGUGGGCCGUGUGACCCAUCAGUGCUGACUGAUUAUGGUGACCAUGUUGUAAUCAUCGAACGUCCUGAAUUGAAGUUAUCUUCUCAUGGCAAGAAGGUUCAAAAAUUUGGGAGGCUUGCUCCAGAAAUUGAAGGACUAGUCGCUGCCACAGGAUUAAGUCCUUUGAUCACAUGUUCAGUAGACACUGGCGAUCGGGGACUUAUAUCCGCUUUUAUGGAGAGGUGGCAUAAGGAAACUAGCAGUUUCCAUCUUCCUGUUGGAGAGCUAACCAUCACCCUGGAUGAUGUGGUGUCUCUGCUUCAUCUUCCAAUUUUAGGCGCCUUCCAUAGCUUUGAGCCACUGCACAUCGAUGAAGUCGUCUUGAUGUUGGGGGAGUUACUUGAAGUCUUCGGAGAAGAAGUUAGAGCUGAGAUAGUACAGUGUCAUGGGGCAUACGUAUGCCUAUCGUGGCUACGAGAUAUUUAUCAGAGUAGAUGUGAGGCUGGACAUUGGACUGUUGCAGCUCGUGCCUAUCUGCUGCAUCUGUUAGGUUGCACUCUUUUUGCUAACAAGAGUGCAGCACAUGUUCAUGUUGUUUUCUUAGACGCUUUCCGAAACUUGAGUCAGAGUGGAAGCUAUGCAUAG